AUGGUGGAAGCUUCGCGGAGAAGCGCCCUGGCUGUUUCGGAUCCUAAAGAAACUGUUCAAAAAGAAUCCUAUGAGGGACCCACCAGGGUUGCUUUGGAGGAGGUGGAAGUGAAGAAGCUGCCGAAAACGGCUGAAGGGAAGAAGAAAAGAAAGACCAAGCAGAAGCGGGCAGGAGAAGAUGUAGAGGCCCGACCAAAGAAGGAAAAGAAAGAAAAGAAAGAAAAGAAGUCAAGUGAGAAGAGGGAGUGCAGGCAAGAAGAGAAGUGCCUGAAGAAGGAAAAAAAGAGAAAGAGAGCGGAAAGCUCGGAUGUCAAUGGAGAAUCCACCACCACAAGGUUGGAAGAGAGGGUGUCAACGCAAGAAAAAGAAUCAGUGUAA